UGUGAAAAAAAAGGAUAAAUUUCAUCACUUUCGCCUACAAUUGGAUCUCCACUAACUACCACGACCCCCUAUCCAGACUACAAAGCUCAUCUUCAACUACAUGGAUUGAUAAAUGAUAAUGCUUUUUUAGCUAUUGAUUUACACCAAUCAAUCAUUCAUACAGAAAGUUGUGUGGAAGUUUGUGUCUCCUCUCCCAAAAUUUGCUGCCAUGAACCCAAUCAUUCUCUUUCUGUUUUUUUCACUGUUUAUUAUGACAUUAUCUUUGCAAACUGAGCCAGCAACAAACAAUGCUCAGAUCAUCGUAAUGGGCCUUGUUUAUUGUGACGUUUGCACCACCAACAGCUUCUCCAGACACAGCUACUUUUUACCAGGCGCAGAGGUUCAAAUAGACUGCAACUUCAGGGCAUAUGUUCCAAAAACAAAAGAACAGGUAUCAUUCUCAGUCAACAGAACUACAGAUAAACAUGGAGUUUACAUGGUGGAAAUACCAUCAGUUGAUGGGAUCGAAUGUGCGGAAGCAGACAUUGCAUCUACUUGCCAAGCAAGCUUAGUUGGGAGCUCAUCUGCUUCCUGCAAUAUUCCUGGUUACGGUAGCACAACAGAUGAGAUGGCAAUCAAAUCCAGACACCCCAAUCUCUGCAUCUACAGCCUAGCUGCAAUGAAUUUCAGACCGUCGAAAAGAAAUGCUCGCUUGUGCGGGAAAUAAAGCAGGGUUCUUCCCACAUUACACACUCCAUAUGCUUUUCAUUUUGCUACUUUUCUCUCUUCUCUCUUUUCUUAACACAGUAAUCCCAGCUAUAGAAGAUCGAUACAAUCUCCUUACCCUCAGCUAUCCUGUGAUGGUUCUUUCCAUUUCCCAGUCUGCACAUAAUACAAGAAGUGGAGAACCGGCAAUACCCUUUCGCCUUUGCCUUCCAGCCUUACUUGGUGCUCUUUAAAGAAGAACAAAGGGCCACAUAUUACUAGGUAUUUUCAUUCUCGCUUUGCUUUUAUGCUUUGUAUGAGCACAUUCAAUUGUGUCCAGGUCAAGCAUGGAGGCAUACAUGAUGAUUCACCAGAUUUUAUUUAGAUCGGUCUUUAGUUACAACACAAUGUAUGAAAUGUAUGAAGUGACUAAAGAUAUUAGUAAUAAUCAUCUUUUUAUAUGUGAAAGCUAAACAAUUUGCCAAA